AGUUACAAGGCAAAAUAAAUUUUGACAUUGUGCCGACUUGCAAUUUGUCUUUCUUCAGUUUUGAUAUUUCCAUUAGUUUUAAAUAGUUAAACAAGUUAAUAGCAGCAUGGGAGUUACUGAAACCGAUGUCGAAAUGAAGAACGCAGACAGUCCUCCAGGUUUGGAAGCCGGAGAUACUAAACGAGAUGUGGAUCUGCAAAGUUUACUGGAAAUUCGGGAGCAUGCAAGGCAAAUUGAAAAAGCUGUAGCCAACAAGGAAAAUCGGUUUAUUUUAAGAGUGCUGAGAUGUCUUCCAAAUACCAGAAGAAAAUUGAACGGUGCUGUCCUAAGGAGCUUAAUAAAUCAGAUUUACCCUGUGGCUGAAAGGGAAUCUUUGUUAAAUUUUGUAGAAGAAGCGACUGGAGAAAUAGACAAUGCUCAAGCAAGAGCAAGAUCAGCUGCCAAGUCCCCAGUGCCAGAGGUCGAUACAUACAUAAACUUAUUAAUUUUGGUACGUUUAAUUGAUACCAACAAACUACAAGAAGCAGAACGGUGCUCACAGGCUUUAAUGAAUAAAAUCACUAGUCAGAAUAGACGUACUAUCGAUCACAUUGCAGCCAAAUGCUACUUUUACCAUUCUAGAGUAGCAGAACUGACGAAUAAGUUGGAUUCUAUAAGAGCUUUUCUGCAUUCUCGUCUCCGCACUACAACAUUAAGAAAUGAUUUUGAAGGCCAAGCUGUACUUAUCAACUGCCUGUUAAGAAAUUAUCUGCAUUACUCUCUGUACGAUCAAGCUGACAAAUUAGUAAGUAAAUGUGUUUUUCCAGACACGGCAAGUAAUAAUGAAUGUGCUAGAUUUCUGUAUUAUUUGGGACGUAUUAAAGCUGCACGUUUAGAAUAUAGUGUUGCUCAGAAGCACUUGGUACAGGCUAUGCGAAAAGCACCACAAAAUGCUGCAGUUGGAUUCCGACAGACAGUCCAGAAGUUAACGGUAGUCGUCGAACUCUUAUUGGGAGACAUACCAGAAAGGCAGAUUUUCCGACAAGCUAGCAUGAGACACUCCCUGGCUCCUUAUUUUCAAUUGACCCAAGCUGUUAGAAUGGGCAACUUACAUCGCUUUGGAGAGGUAUUGGAAAACUUUGGUCCACAAUUCAGACAAGACCAUACUUACACACUUAUCUUACGUUUACGCCACAAUGUCAUCAAAACUGCUAUCCGUGCUAUCGGACUGUCUUAUUCUAGAAUUUCUCCGCAAGACAUUGCGAAGAAGCUUGGUCUGGAUUCUGCAGAAGAUGCAGAAUUUAUCGUAGCUAAAGCCAUUAGGGAUGGAGUUAUUGAGGCAACGUUAGAUCCACAAGGGGGUUAUAUGCGCAGCAAGGAAAGUACCGACAUCUACUGCACAAAAGAACCGCAAAUGGCGUUCCACCAACGUAUAUCCUUCUGCUUAGAUUUGCACAAUCAGAGCGUUAAGGCCAUGAGAUAUCCACCAAAAGCCUACGGCAAGGAAUUGGAAUCUGCCGAGGAGAGAAGAGAACGUGAACAGCAAGAUUUAGAGCUAGCCAAAGAAAUGGCUGAAGAAGAUGAUGACGGUUUCCCUUAGACCAUUUAAUUGUAACUGUCUGCAUAUAUUGGAUAUUUCUUUUUGUAUUUUAUAGAUGAAUAAAUCUUAUUUAACUCAAAA